AUUUGGAUCAAUUGUCGCCGCCCACAUGGCCCGGAUGUGACGUCACGCGUUUUGAACGCAAACCAAAGCGGGUGUGAGAAGUGAUCAUGUCUCAGGAGUUUCACGUCGUCAAGUGUUUCAGCUGUCUCUCCUUCCAGGGCCAGCACGUGAAGAAGGUGAAAAGGUGGACUUGUAAACUCUGUGGAGAGAAGCAGUCUUUGCUCAAGGAGUUCGGUCGAGGAAGUGGCGCCGACUGCAGACGUCAUGUUCAAAAACUGAACGCCAUGAGAGGAGCCAUGUUGGAGGAAGGAGACGGGCGGUUGCUACGGGAGCAAGAGGACCAGGCAGGAAGUGAGGAGCACAAAGACCACCAAGUGUGCGUGCAGGUGGGACACACCCAGGUGAGCCGCUGGAGUAAAUACCUGCACACACCCGAGGAAGACGAUCAUGUUUCGACGAGCUUUCAGCAGUCCCAAGGCGGCGUGGACAGGAAGAGGAGGAGAGAAGGCGAGGAAGAUGACAGCCGGACGCCGAAACAGAUGCAACAUGGCCGACCACCAUUCAUGCAACCUGACAGUACCGCUCCUAAAACCUCAUUUAGCAACCAGGCUGGUCCCCCCAGUCUUAAAACCUUAUAUAGCAACCAGGCUGCCACCCCCACUCCUAAAACCUCAUUUAGCAACCAGGCUGUGCCACCCAGUCCUAAAACCUCAUUUAGCAACCAGGCUGGUCCCCCCACUCCUAAAACCUCAUUUAGCAACCAGGCUCCCACCCCCACUCCUAAAACCUCAUUUAGCAACCAGGCUGCGCCACCCAGUCCUAAAACCACAUUUACUGAUCAGGCUGCGCCACCCAGUCUUAAAACCUCAUUUAGCAACCAGGCCAGCCCCUCUAGUCUUAAAACCACAUUUAGCAACCAGGCCGGUCCCCCCACUCCUAAAACCUCAUUUAGCAACCAGGCUGCCACACCCACUUCUAAAACCUCAUUUAGCAACCAGGCUGCGCCACCCAGUCCUAAAACCACAUUUAGCAACCAGGCUGGUCCCCCAAGUCUUAAAACCUCAUUUAGCAACCAGGCUGCCACCCCCACUCCUAAAACCUCAUUUAGCAACCAGGCUGCGCCACCCAGUCCUAAAACCACAUUUAGCAACCAGGCUGCGCCACCCAGUCUUAAAACCACAUUUAUCAACCAGGCCGAUCCCUCUAGUCUUAAAACCGCAUCUAGCAAUCAGGCCGGUCCCCCCAGUCCUAAAACCACAUUUACUGAUCAGGCUGCGCCACCCAGUCUUAAAACCUCAUUUAGCAACCAGGCCGGCCCCCCUAGUCUUAAAACCGCAUUUAGCAACCAGGCCGGUCCCCCCAGUCCUAAAACCACAUUUACUGAUCAGGCUGCGCCACCCAGUCUUAAAACCUCAUUUAGCAACCAGGCCGGUCCCCUCAGUCCUAAAACCACAUUUACUGAUCAGGCUGCGCCACCCAGUCUUAAAACCUCAUUUAGCAACCAGGCCGGCCCCUCCAGUCUUAAAACCACAUUUAGCAACCAGACCGGACCCCCCAUUCUUAAAACCACAUUUAGCAACCAGGCCGGCCCUCCCAGUCCUAAAACCACAUUUACCAACCAGGUCGGCCCCUCCAAUCCAAAAACCUCUUAUACUAUUCAGGCCGGCCCCCCAAAUCCUAAAACCACAUUCACCAACCAGGCCGGCCCUCCCUGUCCUAAAACCACAUUUACCAACCAGGCCAGCCCCUCCAGUCCUAAAACCUCAUAUACUAUUCAAGCCGGCCCCCAAAGUCCUAAAACCACAUUUACUAAUCAGGCUGCGCCACCCAGUCUUAAAACCUCAUUCACCAACCAGGCGGGACCCUCCAGCCCUAAAACCACAUUCACCAACCAGGCCGGCCCCCCAAGCCCGCCCUCUGGUUCAAGGUGGGCCGCUUUCCUCCCAGGUGACUUCCAGGCUAACACGGUCAGUGGGAAGAGUCAACAUGACAGCAGCGAGGCCCCGCCCCUCCCAUGGUCCCGCCCCCUACUCCCCGGUUCCUCCAUGUUUGAGAGUGGGGAGGAUUUCGAUGUCACCUUUGACCUGUGAGAAGGACACGAUGGCGUUCGGCAGACGCGAGGCAGCAUGCUGGAUGUUGAUUGGUCCGCCGCUAUAACCGCACUUCCUGUCUGUUCCUGAUGAUCACAAUCAUUUCUAGAAGGUUCUUGAGUGUUCAUGUUCCGCCUUCCAAGUGACAUAUGACAAAUAUGUUAGUCUGAAUGUAACUGAGAUGUAUCUUAGCAUUAAAACAUUGUAAAUAUGACACAUUGUGCAUAAUAAGUAACUGAGAUGUAACUUAGCAUUAAAACAUUGUAAAUAUGACACAUUGUGCAUAAUAAGUAACUGAGAUGUAACUUAGUAUUAAAACAUUGUACAUAUGACACAU